AUGUCUCGAUUCAAACCACUGGCUUAUCAGCCUUCCAAAGCCGUCUUAGAGUAUAUCAGCUUUGGAAAGAGAAAACAUCUCUACGCCAUGUGCCCAGCAAUCAGAAAAAUGGAAGAAAUUUUGCCCUAUCACCUAAAAUUAGUCGAGCUGGAUAGUAACAAGGAGCGAGAUUAUAUCGCGAUGAUGAUCGAUUCUUUUUCAUUGAGUUUUUUGAUGGAUGGUCAGGAAAAUAACAUGAGUAUGAGAAAAACUUGUUCGACGAAGAAACGUGUUUAUUGGCUUACCAGUUUGGGACCGGAGCAGGCAGCGGAGAAAUUUGUAUUGUAUAAUUUGAGCAGAGAGGGGACACGCAUCAAGAAUGUUGCGAUCAGUGUCGGACCAGAGUUCAUUUCGAAAUGCGUUCCAAUUGCUAUCAAGAAUUUGCGUGUGAACAGAACCACUGCAUGGUUCCCAACAAAUAUUCCAAUUGAAAAUGUAGCUGUAGAUACUAUAGUUCGAGAAGACACUCUGAAAAUGGCAAAACAUGUAACAGUGAGACUUCCGGAGCGUGUAGCAGAAAGAAUCAACACAGAAAUAGUAUCAGAAUGGAAUUGUGAAUCCAUCCAAAUUGAUUCAUCGAUGCGGAGUGAAGAGAUAGCGGACUACUGUAACAAAGUAUCGAAAAGAACAGAUAGACCGAUUGGAAGCAGGUUGGAUGCAAAUCACAAUUCACCAGUGGAAUUCUUGUUCGAAAUUCUUCAUUCUAAUAUGAAUGCCAGAAAAACAGUGUUGAAUAACAGAACAUGUGCAGCAAUUUCAAUCGUCGAGUCGACAGAGUUGAACGUAUACGGAUCGACCGAUGAUGAUCGCUAUGUGAUUGUGGAAGUGUGUGUCAGAGGAACUGCAAUCGAUCAAGUUGUUUGA